AAAGAAUUGAUCAACACAAACACGCUGGUUAUAAAAAAACAAAACAACAUUCCUGAUUUAAGAAAGAAUUAUGAAGACUUUGUAUUUCUGGUUGUGUUUAUUUUGCGUCGUAAUCCUCUUACCAAAAGCCAUUGGUAUUCAUUGCUUUGAACAUUUAUCUUCUAAAAUAAGUGGAAAAACAAGGGUAAAGUGCAAGGACGAGCACAACGCUUGUAUUGAUGCAACUGUGACUUUAGAAAUUAGUGGCAGGGGAUCAACUAGAAGACAGUUGCAGUGUGAAAAUGUUGGUGACAACUGCAAUAACUACUGCAGGAGUUUAAAAAGAAAUCUUUUUGUUCAGUUAGGGGGUAGGGAAUUUAAGAUGGACUGCAAGGUAUCGUGUUGUCUUACAGAUUAUUGCAACAACAGUUUAAAGAUAACAUCACCAACCAUAGCAAUGACACUGUUAACGGCUAUAUGUAGUUCCCUUUAUUUGUUAAUAAAGACAAACUCUUGACCAGUUAGAAGAAAAUGUCAACAGAAUAUAAGAUAUCUACUUAUGAAUGCUGGCUCUACGUACUAAAACUUGUUAUGGACAGAUAUCGUUAUCGACAACUGUCGUUAAAAACACAAAUGGUAUUAUUUGCAAUCAAAAGAAUUACCUUUGGGUCUGUUCACCUGAUAUGUGUUUUUAAUCAAUGCAUCACUUCCAGUUUCUGUGAGAAAAUGCAUCAGGUGUUUUAAACUGGUUGCAUGAAGAGUUGGUAAAUAACCAACAACUUUCUGCUAAGGUGAAUCUUUAUCAUGGCAUAUCCUUAUUUUCAUUCUCAUCAGAAAAUGUUUUCCCCCGAUCGGACUCUGUGGAGAAUGAAAAUACGGAUUUGCCAUGAUAAAGGUCCACCGAUGUAUACGCACCAUCCGGAUAAACUAUCUGAGGUCAUCACUAACAUAUUGCCGAACGUAGUUUAGUAGGUUCGUCUGCGUCUCCCAGUUCUGCGGACCGGGGAUCGAAUUCCAUUGACUUCCGGGGAACAUGUUAGUACUAAAUAAAGUAGUUCUUCUUUAAUAUAACUCUCUGUUUAGUCAUUGGAAAAAUAACUUAAGGAAAUUGUGAUGAAAGGAGCAUUAGCAAAAAAUCUAAGUGUCAACUUUUAUAAAACAUUCAAGUCAAAGGCAACGCCUUUUAAGUCUGUCAUGCCUUAGCAAGCAGUGUUGUCUUUCUGCAAUUUAUACAUUUUCCCCUCAAUCUAGUAUGUUUUAUUAAAUAUGAUAUAUUGUAAAUACUUUGUAGUUAUAUGAAUACAUAAACACUAUUAUAUUUAUUGUC